AUGGUUCCCUUUGACCGCAGUACCCCUGCGUGGCCGACACAGCUAGGACGGGCGUCACCUCCAGCCCCCAACUUCCUGGUACAGGAAAUGCAAUUUGACGACUAUCGGAACAAUUCCUAUGGGGAAUGGGAGGAGCACAUUCACCCAUCUGGAGCUACUUAUUAUUACAAUCAGACAUGGAAAACAUACACGGGGUUGAAUGUAAGAGAUUAUCCAAAAGUUCGGUUGGAGAACUUUGAGGCGUGGGUGAGGUCAACGAGAGGUAAGGUAAAGGGUGAUCACAUCAUAGUUGCUGAGCCGGCCAGGACGCAGAAUGUAGCUGGUGAUGUCUAUCUGUACUACCUGGUGGUGCCAGAUGCACGCAUCAUUGGCUGGCUAGAGCCUUUUGAUGGCACCCAUCUUUUUAGAGAAUGUGAUUUCGCUAGGGAAUGGAACCAUAAAAGACUUGAACUCGAGGCCCAGUUUUGGAAGCAUGUAGAAUUCUUUCCCCACAACUUCAAGCUGGAUCGCUUCUUUGUAAGAAAGCUGCGAGCUGAACUAGAUUGGUUUCAUGGAGAUGCAAUGACUUUAGAAAAUUCCACUUCGGCUACCAUAUUCUCUAACAGGGAAGCAACAGAGAAAAUCAUCACCAGACUGGCAAGUCUAGGUUCUGAUGAAAAUAUAACAGAGCCAGUUGUCGCAUUAUUCGGCGAACUAUACCACAUGCUACGUCACCACCAAUAUCUUAACUAUUAUGGACAACCUGAAGCACGUCUCUUACGGUCCCAUUCAACGGGCCUCAGACGUAUAAAGAGGGAGCCCUUUCGCCUCAUAGCUACACUAGCUAUGUUAUGCCUUCCUAUGUUGGUUCGAGAACGCCUCAACCAAAUCUAUGUUGACGGCCUUAUCAAUUCCCUCGAUAUCAAGAACUUUGUUGACGACUUCAGCACCCAGAAUACAGCACAGAUAACUCUGGCAGGGGUUAUCAUGGCCAUUGACGCCGGUUUCCUUGCUGUCCAAGGUGUAGGUACAGGAAUGGUAGCAGAGUCUAUUUUGAAGGGAUCCAUUAUAUUCUGUGUCGGCUGCAUGUUCUCAGGGAUGUUUGCGCAACACUUUGGAGAGAAAUUGAAAACUUUGAGAUUUGCGGUUAGCAUAUUAUCUGGAUCAGGGGAUAACAGUUGUCAUUGGGGUGUUCAGCGCACCUAG